GGAAAAAACAUCACAUAUCAUUUUCUAACUUCCUGUUUUCUUCUAUUUCUUCUUAUUUUCCUUCCUAAAACAGACCAUAACAAUUCAAGAUGGUAUUGUGGGUGUUCGGAUAUGGAUCUUUAAUAUGGAACCCAGGUUUCGAUUUUGACGAGAAACUCAUUGGGUAUAUCAAAGACUACAAACGCGUCUUCGAUCUCGCGUGUAUUGAUCAUAGAGGCACGCCUGAACAUCCUGCACGAACUUGCACGUUGGAGCAAUCCCCCGGAGCAAUAUGCUGGGGUGCUGCUUAUUGGGUUCGUGGAGGACCUGAGAAGGAGAAGCUAGCCAUGGAGUACUUGCAGCGAAGAGAGUGUGAAUACGACUCUAAAAUCCUUGUCGAUUUCUAUUCUUGGAUGCAGGAAACUGACACAUUCGAACCAGUCUUGACCGGAGUUUUAGUCUUUACGUCAACUCCAGAUAAAGUGUCGAACAGAUACUACUUGGGCCCAGCUCCACUGGAGGAGAUGGCCAAGCAAAUCGCCACAGCUUCUGGACCCUGUGGGAACAACCUGGAGUACCUUUUCAAGCUGGAGAAAGCAAUGCACGACAUUGAGCAUGAAGAAGAGUUUGUGAUAGACUUGGCGAACGCGGUGAGGAAACAGCUAGACUUACCAAAGGAAGUGAAGGCAUUGUUGAAGCCUGUUGUUUCUCGUGUACCCAUGAAGUCUCAGUCUCAAGCUCAUGUGUUUCCACUCUUCAACGUGUAUUUGCAUCAUGAGAGACGACAGGCGAAGUCAUGGAGCCAACUAACUACACUCUGGUGAUAAUUAAUCUAAGGAUGUAACACUCUUAUAUUUGAAAUUUUAUUUGAUAUAACAUCUUUAGCUUUCAAAAGUUUAGAUCUUUUAUUUAGAUGAUUUUUCUUCUGUAUCCACUGAGAACUAGGAUAAAAUCUGCGCAUGUGAAAAAUUUAAGAAAAUUUAUAAUGUAAUGUACAUAACAUACAAACAUUCGAUUACUUAUAUAUGUA